CACGAAUGACUGCCACCAGCAGAAGACACAGACCUGGGACUCUUCCAAACAAAGCCGGCACUGGAAAUCUUCAUAAUGAACGUCACGUGGGUGCAGGACUUCAACGGGUCUGAGCAGUGCCCCAGAGACACUCGGAUAACACAGCUGGUGUUCCCCGCCCUCUACACCGGGGUUUUCUUCACGGGCAUCCUGCUGAACUCCUUGGCCCUGUGGGUGUUUGUUCACGUCCCCAGCUCCUCCACCUUCAUCGUCUACCUCAAGAACAUACUGGUGGCUGACCUGAUCAUGACACUCAUGCUCCCUUUCAAAAUCCUCUCUGACUCACAUCUGGGAGCCUGGCAGCUGAGAGCUUUCGUGUGCCGCUUCUCUGCCGUGGUCUUCUACGAGUCCAUGUACGUCAGCAUCACGCUGCUGGGCUUCAUAGCCUUCGACAGGUUCCUCAAGAUCAUCCGACCUUUCAGGACGUUUUUCCUUAAAAAGCCUAUUUUUGCCAAAACGGUCUCAAUCCUCAUCUGGACCCUUUGGUUCUUCAUCUCUCUGCCCAAUAUGAUCUUGAGCAACAAGGAAGCAACGCCAUCCUCUGUGAAAAAGUGUGCCUCCCUCAAGGGUCCUUUGGGACUGAAAUGGCAUCAAGUGGCAAAUGACAUAUCCCAGUUUGUUUUCUGGACUGUUUUUGUCCUGAUGCUUCUGUUUUAUGUGGUGAUUGCCAAAAAGGUGUACCACUCUUACAGAAGGUCCAAAAGUAAGGACAGCAAAACCAAGAAGAGGCUAGAAGGUAAAGUAUUUAUCAUCGUGGCUAUCUUCUUUGUGUGUUUUGCUCCCUUUCAUUUUGCCAGAGUCCCCUAUACUCAAAGUCAAACCAACAAUAAGACUGACUGCAGAAUACAAAACCAAUUGUUUAUUGCUAAAGAGACAACUCUCUUCCUGGCAGCAAUGAACAUUUGUAUGGACCCCUUAAUAUACAUAUUCUUAUGCAAAAAAUUCUCUCAAAGGCUACCCUGCAUGAGAGGAAGGACCACAGGCUCCAACCAAGAGAUUCAUAGCAGUCAGACAGACAAUGUAACUCCAUCCUAACAUGACUCACUUCUAUUUAUUGAUGAGACUUCAAAAGAUAAUUUAUUUGGAAUAAAGUUUUAGCAAUAAAAGAAGAAGGAUUGUAGUGAAUGCCUUUCCUACAUUUUAUUAUCCUGGAAUACAGAAAGAUUAUAUAAAUCUUAACUACACACGGAUCUAUUCGUAAUCAGAACAAAUGCUCAUCAAGAGAAUGUAACAGAUUUCAACAAUUUGCCCCCACACCCAUACACGAUAUAUAGAGUACAGUCUGGGGAGAGAAUUUCCAUAAUUCUCAUAUUACAAUUCAAUAGAGACAGAGGUCCUACCUGGGGAGCAAGUACACAGCGACUACUGUUGUUCCUUUAACAACUGACACUUUUUUAUGUCAGUGAUCAUGUGAGGCUCUUGUCAUGGGCUGCCAAGGCUAUGGAAGCUUUUUGUGAUCACAGACCCCAUAGGUAUUUAGACUCGGCCAUAAGCAAAGUGGAUGUUCUCCUCUCCCUGGAGAAGAGUGUCUGCUCCUUUGAUGACCCUUUCUUGCCUCGGAGGUCUCACAGAGAUCCUCCGUGUAGGAUUUUCUUUUUUUCCACAGUCUUGUCUUUCCAUGCUCCAAUGCUCCUGCAGGCCUUUCAGCCGGACCAGGAAGCAUUAUGGGUUGAUUCUGAGGUCAGAGUGUUAUUAACUGUGAAAGUCAUUCUAGGAGUCUGCUGUGUGGACUGUUUCCCAUGUUGGUCCUUCCUUCCUUUUUUAAUUCUAUUAUUUUUACCGGAUACUUGAUGUUAUUUAUGUCCCUUUUAAACUUGGACCAUUUAUCCGUUGCCUUCAUCAUUGAAUAUGAACAUUGUAACAGUGAAGAUGGUGUUUAUACCUCCAAUUCUUAUGGGUUUGGAGCCCCAUGAUUAGUUCUUAGG